AUCUACUCUUCGAUUAUUUUAUAUCGAUUUAACUUCGGCUAAUAUCUUAAAAUAUUAGACUUCAGAAUACAAUUACUAUAUAUAGUCGAGAGUAGUCAUCACCACCUUUGCCAUCACAACACAUAGAUUGCAGCAUUGGCAUCUACAGCUUAUUAUAUCGAAGCUGCUACAACAGCCAGCCUAGCCAUUAGCCAUGCAUGCUCUUAUUAUUACUAUGUCGUCAUCUUCUUCACUCCGGCCAGUCGUUCCGCCAGCUGGUAAGGAGCCGGCGACCAAGAAACAGGCAACCGUUGCAGGCGCAGUGGAUCGGGUCUCAUCAGCAAGCUUCCCUCGCACAGUUUGGGCCGAUGGCUUCCUCAGCAACAAAGUUGAUUAUGUCUCCCACCAGGUCAAACAAAAGCAACCCAAAUACCAAGUUCUAAAGGAAGAAGUGAGGAAGAUGUUGAUCACUUAUGAACCGAAAAGUGGAGAUGACGAGGCCGCGAUGGCCGACAAGUUGCAACUGAUAGAUACAAUCCAACGGUUAGGUGUUGGGUAUCAUUUUGAAACGGAGAUAGAAGAAGCACUUGAAAAAGUGUAUGAUAAAGGGGAUGGCUUGUUCAAUAAUAUGGAUGACAAGGGUACUGAUCUCUACCAUGCAACUCUUCGAUUUCGACUCCUCAGACAACAUGAAUUUCCUGUCUCACACGAUUGGUUUACAAAGUUGAAGGACAAUGAAGGAAGAUUCAACGAAUGGUUAUCAACCAAUGACCAAGGGUUGUUAAGCUUGUACGAGGCAGCACACAUGGCGUUUAAUGGAGAAGACAUAUUGGACGAAGCCCUAACUUUUGCAACAAAGACCCUUAAGUGCUCAAUCCUCCCACAUACUAUCAACCCUAGGUUCCAAAAGCAUAUCAAUUUUGCACUUCGUUUUCCCGUUUGGAAGUGCAUCCCAAGGUUACUCGCUAGGUAUUACAUCGAUUUCUACUCCGAGGAUCCAUCACACAACCAAAAGCUCCUCAUGCUCGCAAAGUUGGACUUCAAUAUGGUCCAGAACAUUCAUCAGCAGGAGCUCCGUGAAAUCUCAAACUGGUGGCAAAGCCUUCAAGUGACGACCAACUUUCCGUACGCAAGAGACAGAGUCGUGGAGUGCUAUUUUUGUAUGAAUGCUAUCUACUUCGAGCCCAAGUAUCGAUUGGCAAGGACGAUACUCAACAAGGUCUUCUUAACUUUGUCACUCGUGGAUGACACUUUUGAUAACUUCGCUACGUACGAAGAGCUCCAAAUCCUCACAGAAGCUAUUCAAAGGUUUGAUGGGGAGGCUAUUGAAGCACUACCCGACACGAUGAAGAAUAUUUACCGUGUCAUCGUUAACACUUACGACGAAAUCAAUGUGGAAGUUGGAAAAUUAGGAUCCUCUUUCGGUGUUGAGUAUGCUAAGGCAGAGCUAAAAAGAAUAUGUCGAUCCUACUUGACUGAGGCUCUGUGGCGCAACAAAGGCUACGUUCCAACACUUGAGGAGUACAAGAAGGAAGCAUAUAUCACCAGCAGUUCACUCAUUCUUUCCGCGUCUGCUUUUCUUGGGAUGGGAACAGAAAUAGCCACAAGAGAGGCUUUCGAAUGGCUUUCCAAUGAACCUAAGAUGAUAAGAAGUGUCGCUGCCAUUGGUAGGCUCGAAAAUGAUAUCACCUCUCAUGAGUUGGAACGAAAGAGAGAGCAUGUGGCUUCCGCAGUGGAAUGCUACGUGAAGGAGAACUUAUCAGCAUCUCGGGACGAAGCCGUUGAAUUCUUUUGGAAUGAGAUUUCUAGAGCCUGGAAAGACACUACGGAAGAGUACUGUCAAACCCCAACUCCACUGCAUGUAGCUCUCACACAACGUAUUCUCAAUUAUGCACGUUGCUCUCACGUGUUAUACGAGAAAGGCGAUGGCUACACAGAUCCCUAUCUUUUAAAGGCGCAUAUUGCUUCAUUGUUCAUUGAUGAUGUGCCUCUUUGAAAAUAAAAACAAAAAAAAAAGUUAUUGGGUGUUGAAUUUUGGAUGUUCAUGGCUAUGAAUAUAUGGAUGCUUUCCUUAAUUAUUGAACACCAAUAAAUAAUAUGCUUAAGGUGUUAAAUGUUGUUCACCGCCUGAACAUGUCAUGAUUCAUUUUAACGACAUUUAUGUGUUCACGGUUUAUAUUUGGUGUCCAUCAGUCUUGAACCUCUUAAAAUGCAGACCUAGCUAGGACUUGUAGCAACUAAAGGAGCCCUGUCCAACAACUAUCAAACAUCGGCUUUGAUUCUAUAUAGAUCUUCUAUCUUGUCCACUUUAGUAAAGAAUUCAAGUGCAU